CUCCGCUUUGUAAUUGUACAGAAGUCAUUUGACAGAGAAGAAACUGAUCGAUUCUUCGGGACCGCCUUUGAAGAAGAUCUUUCGACAAUGGUGGAUUUCGCUCGCGUACAGAAAGAGCUUGCGGAGUGUAACAGAGACAUGGAGAUUUCUGGAGUAAGCAUUAUGCUCCACGGUAACGGUAACGAACUUUCUCACCUCUCUGGAAACAUUACUGGCCCUGUCGCGACUCCUUAUGAAGGCGGAACUUUUCAAAUUGAUAUCAGAUUGCCGGAAGGGUACCCUUUUGAGCCUCCAAAGAUGCAAUUUGUGACGAAAGUUUGGCACCCAAACAUAAGCAGUCAAAAUGGAGCAAUAUGCUUGGAUAUCUUGAAGGAUCAAUGGAGCCCUGCACUCACUCUGAAAACUGCACUUCUUUCCUUGCAAGCAUUGCUAUCUGCCCCUGAACCUGAUGAUCCUCAAGAUGCGGUGGUAGCUCAACAGUAUCUUCGAGACUAUCAGACCUUUGUUGGAACAGCUCGCUAUUGGACUGAAACUUUUGCAAAGAGAUCAUCUAUUGGAAUUGAAGAAAAAGUACAGAAAUUGGUGGAGAUGGGCUUCCCGGAAACCUUGGUAAGGUCAACUUUGGAAGUUGUAGGUGGAGAUGAAAACAUGGCUCUGGAAAAGCUGUGUUCUGGCUAGAAUCGUCUUGCUGCGGCUUCCAUCAUCUUCUUCGCUCUCAUCAGCUUCUCUAUCUCAUUUAGCGUCUGAAAAUCAAUACAAAACAAGAAAGCCUUUGAUAAGCUGGUGUCAUUGAAGAUCUUGGUUACUGUUAUUGAAUCUCACAUUUACAGGAAUUGUGUUUCAUCA